CUUUGAAAUGGAUGAAAUGUGACCCUGCAAAAUGAAUUUCGUGAGAACGCAAAACUAUAGUGGAGAUAAAGCAUCCGGAGGACUCAUCGAUUUUACAAAAGGGUCCUUGGUAGAAGCCAGCAACGACGUGACUAGACCAAAAGAAAGACAAAAGCGUGAAAAUAACAAUAAAGAGGUACAAUUCAAACCCAAGGAACUAUUCAGUGAUCGUGAUAUUGAAGGUGUAGUUGAAAAUCUAACAUCGGCAACUGCUAUUGCAUCAGCCUUUAGUGAAGAGGAUAUAGCACAUUUAGAAAAUCUAGAAAAGAAACGCAAUCAGCAGUGGAAAAGACGUAAAUUAGAAGAGGAGGAAUAUGCUAAAGAAGCAGAACGUAUACGUAAUUCUUUAGGACAAAAGGAAGAUAUAGACCACUCAUCGGACGAUAGCAACCUUCCCACGUUAGACACAACUCCAUCAUUAUUCCCCAAAACACAAUCACAAAUACGGUUAACACCUAAAAUAUGUGUAAUUGAACGUAAUAUUUCUACAAGGGACACAAAUCAACCGAGUUCAAUAAACAAAUCAAAUAACUUACCAUUGAUAGAAGGUUACUCAUCAGACGAGGAUUAAUU